AUUUCAGAGUGGCCACGAAUGUCGCAGCCAACGCACGGAUGGUUUGCCAACAAGAGCAAUGGCGGCAACAACACGACGUGGCGGUGCGAGCCGUGCAACGUCAAGAACGGAGUGAAGUACAAGUAUUGCUGGAAGUGCUGGGGUGCCCGCCCGACCGCGGCAGCCGCAGGAGCUUCCAGCGCGGCGGCAGGAGAGGCCCCCGAGGACAAAGGCCACGACGAGCAGCUCGCCAAGGUGCAGCACUACCGUGCCAAGCUGGCGGAGCUCAGGGAGCUCGCCGAGGACCCAUUCCUGGAGGAGUCCCUGCAGCCGCAGGUGGCGCAGCUCGGGGACAAGCUCGCCGCCGAGCAGGCAGCAUUGGAGACAGGAGUGCCGCGCUGCUUCACCGAGUGCAGAGUGGUACGAAACAGGAAAAGAGUCGCGGAGCAGAAGAACAAGUGCCAGCAGCGGACCGGGGCGCUCCAGGAGCAGAGAGACGCGCUCGACGAGAAGCUCGCCGACGAGCGCAGCAAGCUGGGCAAGUUCGACACCAAGCUCGAGACCUUGGACAAUAAGAUCCAGGAGUUGGCCGUCCCUGCCCCAGGGAAAGGCUGGGCAGCAGCGCUCGCCUUCCUUGGGCAGGCCGAGCGAUGCCUCGACGACGACGGGAGCGAGAAGCGGGAGCAGCUCGCCGCCGCCGUCGCCCACGCCAAGGGGCAGAAGGCACAGGAGGAAGAGCGGGCCAAGCACGCCGAGCGCCUCCAGAAGGCCAGGGCGGAGCAGGCCCGCGCGACCAAGGAACGGGCUGGCAGCGCCGACGACCGCAAGCGGAGCUGCCCCGAGGGCCCACCCAAGGAGAACCUCCUCGAGAUCCCCGCGGGCGCCAACGAGCACGACAUCUGCAGGGCCCUCGUCGGCGCGGGGGUCACGCCUGACCAGGCUGGGAAGGCGCGCCUCGCCGUGUACACGGUCAACGCCAACACGGUGAAGUCGCCGGGGCGCGCCAUGAAGCAGAUCAGAGACAGAGACAGGGACGCCACCGUCCUUGGCCAGGAGCUGCAGGCCAGCGGCACGCAGCUCGACUUGUUCCAGACCCGCAUGCGCAGGGAGGGCUGGGACAUCGGGGUAGUGGGCAGCGCGAAGACCACAGCUGGUCACAGCGCUGGAGUUUUGAUAGCGACGCCGCGAAGCAGGGGCAUGGACUUCGUGCGCAAGGGGAUCAACCAGUGGGACAUCAGCCCGCGGGGGUCCAAGGGGCGACUCGCCGUGGCCUGGAUUGACGCCUACAGCAAGGAGGGGCUCGUGCUCGGGACCGCCUACCUGUGGAACAGCGAGGGCCUCGCGCAGAGGAGCCAAUGCAUCCUAGCCAAGUGGGGCGCCACCAUGAACGCGAUCCAGAAGGAGUGGAUCCUCGGGGGCGGCUUCAACAUGGACCCAGAGGAGCUGGAGCAGGCCGAGAUCGUCCGCAAGAUGAACGGGGUCAUCGUGCGCGACACACUGCAGGGCAGCUGCCUGAAUAAUGAUGGCACGAGGAGCACGCGCGACUACUUCAUCGUCUCGCGCGGCCUGGUUGCACCUGCGCUCAAGGCAGAGGUCCAAGAAGGGUACAACACGUCGCCGCACUUGCCCGUCAAGGUGAAGGUGCCAGUGCCCUACCAGAGCGACAACAUGAUCAACGUGCUGUGCGAGCGGGCGCCGUGGCCGCUUGCGCGGCCAACGGGCCGCCCAUCGCAGCCAGCGCGAUGGCCGAAGCCGCUAGCACACAGGAGGUACACGCAGAGCCAGGUCGACGGCUACUGGAGCGAGCUCGGGGGGGCCUACGAGAAGCACCUGAGCAGGUACCGCAGCUUCGAGGGCGACGACUGGAGCAAGCGCCAGGGCCACUUCGAGAAUGCCAACUACAAGCAGUGGCCGUGCAGGCCCGAGCCCUGCACCGCGGCCCUGGAGCAGCAGCAGUGGGCCGAGGCAGCCGCGUGGCUCGCGCGGCGGCUGCGCCAGCUGAGGCUUCUGGCCAACGCAUGGCAGCGGCGGCGAGACGCGGGCGCACUACGGCGAGACCAGCACAUCGCGGACGGGCUCCUCAACCACGGCAUCGUCAUGCCGCUGUUCGCCGAGCGGGCCCCUGGACAGACGGCCGAGACAGGCAGCGACUCGGACGAGGAGGACGGGGUGCUGGAGACCGCCGCGCGGUCGGAGCGCCUCCCACCGAGGGUCAGCAGGACCCCCAACACUUGGAACACGAUUCGCUGGCCGCUCAUCGUACGCACGCUGCGGGGCUGGCGCGUCAGCGACAUCGACGAGCGCGCCCAGACCUACCUGGGCUUCACCGCCACGCUGCUGGACCUCGGCAGCAGGAGGCACUGGAAGAUGGCGCACCGAGCGGCCGCGGCGCAGCGGCGGCAGCGGGUGACCACGCACGGGGAACGAGGAGCAGGAGCGCUGCACAAGUGGACCAAGGCCACCGCGCUGCGGCAACCGCAGGCAGCGCCAGCUGGAGCCGACAGCGACCAGAUGCACGAGCUCACGCAUCCCCAGAAGGCCGCCGACGCCGCGCUGCAGGGGUGGGAGAACAUCUGGAACGACCCGCUCGAGCCGAGGGCGCCGUGGUUCCAGCCGCCCACGGCGACGGAGUGGGCCGAGGCAAAGCCGCCGCCCAUCACCCCGCAGCAGGCGAUCGAGGCCUGCGGCCGCUUCAAGACCAAGACGGGGCUAGGGGGGUCGGGGUGGCACCCGAGACUCUGGCGCGAAGGAGGAAUCCAAGGAGCCGCGAGGGUGGCCAGCACCCUCAACGCCCUGGAGGCGGGCUCGCCCUGGCCGCAGGCGCAGGACACCAUUCUGUUCUACUUGCUGGCGAAGGCGUCGGGCGGGCACCGCAACCUCGGGCUGAUCCCCGAGCUGGCUAGGCUGUGGGGGACCAUCCGCAUGCCGUGCGCCAGGAGCUGGGAGCAGAGCCACCGCAGGGGCUACGACUGGGCCACGGUGGCCCAGGGGCUGGAGUACGCCGUCGCGUACUUCGACCUGGUCAAGUGCUUCGAGUACGUCACGCACGAGAAGGUGUGGCAAGCAGGCGCGCGUUCGGGAUUCAACACGGUGAUCCUGAAGAUGGUGUUGCGCAUCUACUCGAUGACGCGGCGCAUCGUGCUGGACAGUGCAUAUGCGGAGGGGCCGAGGUGGGCGCGCGGCAUCGUAGCAGGGAGCCGCCUCGCGCCCCUCUGCCUCAAAAUGGGUAUCUUCGGGAAGCUGGACGGGGUCAUCGCCAACUUCCCGUGGGCCUCGGUCUGCUUCUUUUUCGACGACUUGGCGGUCGCCACGCGGGACGCGAGGAUGUUUGUGCAGUACUGGCACACGCAGCUGGCGCAGGCGCUCGUGGACAUGUUCGAGCGGCUGGACAUGAAGGUCUCCAAGGGCGCGGAGGGCAAGACGGUCACCAUGGCCUCGACCACCGCGUUGCAGGACGGCCUCGCCAGGCGCGCGCACCCGCUCGGCAUCAGGAUGGUGGGACGCGCCGACCACCUCGGCGUCGCCACCGCUGCCGGCAGGCGAAGACGCGCCAGCGCCUUCAGCAAGAGGGCCAGCAAGUACGCAGCGCGGCGAUAUCGCAUCGCCCGCAUACGCCGCGCAGGUGGGCCUGCGCAGGCGAUCAUCAGACAGGGGAAGGUGCCGUCGGCGAUGUACGGGGUGCAGGUCAUGGGCAUGGCCAACGCCACCCUCGCCUCCCUGCGGCAGAGCGUGGCGGCCUCCUUCAGGGGCAACGCCAUGGGGAGGUCAUCGCCGCUCACGCUGCUUGCGCAGGGCGCCGACCCCGCCAUCCGCGCCAACACGGAGCCGCUGGUCAACUGGGCCAUGGCGUGGCAGGAGGUAGCCAACCAGGACGGCCUCCAGGCACAGCUCCAGAGUGCGUGGAAGAAGUGGGUACUACGAGUGGGGCGGGCAAGAGCCCCAUGGCAGCAGGUGCGAGGGCCCGCAGGGGCCUUCAUCGCCACGAAGCAGAGGCUGGGCUGGGAGACGCUCGCGGCGCACAGCAUCACCAUCGGCGAGGAGCACCUGGACCUCAGGACGCUGCCGCUCAGAUACCUGAAGCAGCGCAUCAGCACGGCCACGGAGAACGGCCUCAAGAGCGACUGGCUGCGCAUCCACGGCGAGAAGCACGGCCUGGACAGCCUCUUCGUGGAGCCCGUCGCCGCGCUGCUCAAGAGACCGCUGAGCAAGAAAUGGACGCUGGAGCACCAGACUCGGGCGCGCAACCUGUGGUGCGGCGGCACCUGGCCGCAGCGACGGCUCUUCGACAAGGGCGCCGCGGAGGACCGCACCUGCAAGGCCUGCCACGAGCACGAGGGGACGGACCGCCACAGGACGUUCGCGUGCUCGGCCAGGCAGGAACACCGACGGAGAGUGGGAGGGCACCACAUAUGCCAUCGUGGUGCCAUGACUUGGCCUGGGGCGACGAAGAAGCAGCUGGCGGCCUCCGAAGCGCUGCGGGGGAGAGGGCUCGCAGUGGACCCAGCGCUGGAGUACGACGUCUGGAACUUGCCCUCCUCAUCCACCAGCGAGGUGGUGGGCACCUUUGACGGCCUCGUGCACGGCGACAUCUACACGGAUGGCAGCUUGCUGCACGGGGCAUACCCAGCAUUGAGAAGAGGCGGGUGGUCCUUCGUGAAGCUCGACAAUGAGCACCAGAUGGAGCACGCCAUGUUCGGGCCGUUGGAAGGGCCGCAGCACGACCAGUCGAUCUACAAGAGCGAGUUGAUGGCGGUCCUCCAGGUCUUGCGGCGGGCCGUCCCGCAUGUGCGGAUCUUCAGCGACUGCCAGUCCGUGCCCGACGGCUUCGCGAGGGGCUCUGAGUGGGCCGCCAGAGCUGACACGACCCACAAAGAGGUCUGGCAGGAAUGCUGGCGGCUCGUGCGAGAAAACGGCGGGGUAG